AUGGAUAAUUAUUUCAGCAACGUGGAACUUUUUGGAACGUUGAGAAAAGUUGGAAUAGGUGCAGUAGGAACAGGAAAUAUUAAGGAUAAGUUGUUUCCAGAUGAACUUAAUGUUGACAAAAAGAAGGCGAUGAAGCUAUUGCCAUGGAACACACUUGUUGGGAAAGUUGUAAAGCCUCAGAUUCCUGAAAUUGUCGGGCCAUUUUCUAAUAAAAGUGCUCCUAAAAAGAGGGGGUUGGCUGAAUCGACAACUUCUGAAGACGUGAAUGUUCUUGGCUGGAAUGACAAUGGUUUGGUUCACAUGAUAACUACAGUUCACAAUGCAAAUCAAAAUAAAAAUGAUCCCAACAGUUACAUUAUUCGCAAUCUCAAGAAGCCAGCUCAUUCAAGUUCAAAUUAUUUAUUAGUGGCUCCUUUAUUUAAAAAUGGGGAAAAUACAGCAAAUCUGCCAAUACCUGUUGUAAUUGACGAUUACAACAAUAGUAUGAGUUCAGUUAAUAUUGCUGAUCAACUUCGAUCUUACUACUGUACACAAUCUGAAAUUUAUCGCAAUUGGAUUCCCAUUUUUUUCUGGCUUUUAGAUUUGUCAAUUAUCAAUAGUUAUCUUCUUUUCACAACUCAAAACCCAGAUAAGAAGCGUGACAAAUUACAUUUUGAUUUUCGUGUCCGCCUUUCUCGUUAUUUGUUAGAAGAUGGAAAGAAAGAUAUCGAUAACCAAAAUUUAUCAUCUGAAGUAUUUCCUACAUCGAAAAAAAGAUCUUAUGUUAAAAAAGGCUCAAAGAGGAGUGAAAAGCGUCUAAUACAAGGAGUUGAUCACAGCUUAAAGUGCACCAAAACUCGCGCUAAUAGAUUAUAUUGCAUUGAAUGCCGAUAUACUAAGAAUGAGAGCAAAAAUCCCAAUGAUGUGAUUGUAAGAAAGACAAUGUAUACUUGCUCCUACUGUGAGGUUCCUCUUUGCACACUUUGCACUGGAAAGUAUCAUUCUAUUUAA